AUGCCUGGAUGUUCGGAGCCAUCAGCCGGCAUUUCUCAAGCUGAAACAUGUGGUGAGAAGGGAGAAAAGUACCGACGUACAAGUUGGGAACCUGCAGAAGUACGUAGCUUGAUUGCAGCUUACCGGGACAACUACGAUCGCGUAACGUCUACAAAGAGUAGCCAUGGGAAGAAAAGCGUGUGGGAUUCAAUUAUGAAAGAUUUUCUGAGUUUAUGCAGCGACGCUGGAAUAGGAACUGAGAAAACAUUAGUCCAAGUCAAAGAGAAAUGGAGGUCUUUCUUCGACAAAUACAAAGCUGUCAAAGAUAACAACAACAAAACGGGAAGGGAUCGUAGGACCUUUGAGUUUUACGAUGAGAUCGAUGAGUUCUUGUCAAGGUCCGACAAAGUAAACCCGAAAUUUGUCAAGGAAACGCGAGUAAUGCAAGUGAGGCCAUAGGAUUCCCCGACAAGUUCCGAUAGUGGGAGCAGUGACGCGUCAGCUACAAAAAUGAGAAAGAUGAUUCACCCUGUCAACCAAAAAAGAAGAAGAAGAGAGCAAGCCUUGAAGGAAAGGAGGCAGAAAGUACCAUUCUCAAUCUCAUGGAGGCACAACAAGCUGCCAUCGAGAAAGCAGACGAGAAAGACGAACGGAUGUUCGAGGCUUUGUUAA